AUGUCCACCAAUACCAGCCCCAUCAAAAUAGAAAUCGCCAUAAUGGCUCCGGCCUAAUCGGGACCCUCCUGGCCCUAGGCCUCCUCAACAUCCCCAUCCCCAACACCACCAAAGACCCUCAAUCUACCAACGAAGGCCAAAGAAGCACAACCCUCAGCAUAAAAAUCUAUGAACAAUCCCCCACCGCGCACGAACUCGGCGCCGGAAUCGGCUUCACGACCUGCGCGCGGAAAUGCAUGGCGCUCAUGGACCCCCGCAUCGCGGAGUGUGUGGCCCGCGUAGCGACACUUAACGGCGAACCAGAGGAUCCAGAUUACUGUAUGCGGUUUGUGGAUGGGUUUAGGACAGAUGAAGAUAAAGAUGACAAUGGGGGCGAAGGUGUGUAUGUCUCCGGGAAAGUCUACAAAUUGUAUGCCGGCCCACGCCGCUUCGAAGGUUGCCACCGGGGCCAGUUCCUGGAAGAAGUGAUGAAACUCAUGCCUGAGGGAGCAGUGGAGUAUAGUAAGCGGGUGGAGGGGUAUGAGUAUCUCCCUUCGGGGAGGAUUCAGUUGGGGUUUAGUGAUGGAGGGAGGGUGGAGUGUGAUCUUGUCCUCGCCUGCGACGGCAUCAAAUCCCUCAUUCGCACCCACCUCUACCCCCAGAGCAAACCACAAUACACCCACCAAUUCGCCUUCCGGGGCCUGGUCCCCAUGGCCACGGCAAUCAAAAAGCUAGGCCGCUACCGCGCUCUCCGCCAACACAUGCACUGCGGACCGCGCGCACACGUGCUCCACUUCCCCGUCGCGAAGCAGCAGCUCAUGAAUGUCGUUGCGUUCGUGCAAGACCCGAAUGACUGGACGCACGCCGGAAUGACCGCGCCAGCGAGGAAGAGUGAAGUCGUGGAAGCGUUCAAGGAAUGGGGCCCGUUUGUGCGCGCCGUGAUUGAUCUGCUGCCUGAGGAGCUGGAUAAGUGGGCUGUGUUUGAUACUUUUGAUAGUCCGGUGCCGCGGUAUGCGGAGGGAAGAGUAGCUCUGGUAGGGGAUGCGGCGCAUGCGUCGUCGCCGCAUCAUGGGGCCGGGGCGGGGAUGGGGGUGGAGGAUGCAUUGGCGCUGGUUACGGCUAUUAAGAGGGCAAGGGAGGAUGUGGAUCGCGGGACGGAGGUGAAUGUGGCGUUGGAGGCAGCGGUGCGGGCGUAUUCGAGGGUCAGGUAUGAGCGGUCGCAGUGGUUGGUGAGGAGUAGUCGCGAGGUGGGAUGGACGUAUGAGUGGAUGAGUGAGGAUGUUGGGGCAGAUAUGGAUCGUGCGUUUGCAGAUAUAAAAAAGAGGAGUUAUCGGGUGUGGCAUUUUGAUGUAGAGGCCAUGGUGGCAGAAGUGGGAAGACAAUAUCGAUGGUGUUUGUGGAACUAG